UAUCAGAAGAGAGGGACACGUGGGAGGAAGGAGGGUGUAUCCAUCUAUCGUCGUCGUCAAACUCUAACCCAAACCCUAUCUAGCUUCGCUUUUGCCCCUUCUCGUUCACUCUGCCCCAAUUCCAAAAUUCCCAACCCUAACCCUAAAACCGAAUCUUCUGAUGAAACUCGACACGCCAUACUCCACGGUUUCAGAAUCAGGUUCGAUUCCCUAACCCCUUAACAAACCCCUUUCAUCUCUUCGCAGUUUCUCCAUGGAGGGCUCUGCAGAGGAUCUCGGAGCCCCCGAGUCAUGGGAGGUCGCCGAUUUGGACGAGUCCAUGAACCGCUUGAACCUCAUGCUCUCUUCCAGCAAGGAUUCCAACCAUCCUCACCAACGUCUCUCCGAUGAUGACGUUCCGCCGCCGCCACCGCCUCCUCCGCUCCCUUCGUCCAGUGGCGACAAGGUUUCCGAUGACGUCGUCAAUCAGGUCGAUCAGUUCCUUCGCGAAGCCAUUCAGAACCCUCGCGAACGACUCUCAAUCUUGAGGAUGGAGCAAGAUGUUGAAAACUUUAUUCGUGAUCCAACUCAACAGCAGCUUGAAUUUAAGCAGCUUCCAACAUCCUAUUUGAGGCUUGCUGCGCAUCGGGUGGCUCAGCACUACUCAUUACAGUCAAUGGUGUUACUAGAUAAUAGUUUACCAGACGGUUCUGGCUCAAGAAUUAUUGUUCGCAAAACCUCUGAAUGUAGGCUUCCAGUUAUCCGCCUUGCUGACAUCCCAGUGAAAUUAUCAUCAGAAAACAGUGCUGUCAUGAAGGUUGCAAUCAAACAGAGGCCACAGAAGGGGACACAGAUACUUAGUAAUGCAAAUUCAAACUCAAUGAAGAAUAGUAACUCUAAAAGUGUGGAAGAGAGAAAAGAGGAAUAUAAUCGGGCUCGAGCAAGGAUAUUUAGUUCAAGCAAUAAUGGUGGAACUGUAGUUGGGAAGCCAGAGUGUGACUCAAGACAGCAGGAUAACUCAUUGCACGUUUCAUUGGGGGUUCCUCGGGUUGAAGACAAAUCAGCUUCGGUAUCUGAUGUCACUUCUGGUAGGGGGAUGGUUGAGUCUUCAAGUAAUACCAAUAGGGCUAGAAGUAGGACAGAGAAGGAAACAGUUGGUAGGUACAGGCAAAAUAAUAGGGUGGCUAUAUUUCGGGAUCGUGAGGUUGACCGCAAAGAUCCUGAUUAUGACAGGAGCUAUGAUAGGUACAUGCAAAGAUUUGAUCCUGGUUUUGGGUUCAAUGGAGGAUCAUAUGCUAUACAGCCAAUGUAUACGGCAGUAUUGAAUUACAACACUGAGUUUCCACAACUUGGAUCCACUCACAGACCCCAGCUUUCUGCUGAACACCAACCACGACCUCUUCCACAGCAUAUGCCUGGGCCAUGGGCUGCACAAUCAACACCUGCUGGAAUUGGAUAUGGACAUCCUGAGACCAUGAUGCCCCCAUUUAAUCCUAAUCAAGUUGGUGCACACUCAUCAUCAACCAUGUAUCUGCAUUCAUCUCAGUAUCCCUGUCAGCGCCCUGGAAUGCCAUUUAUCCAUCAUGAACAUGUUCACCAACCCUUUGCACAGUCUCAUCAGCCCCCACCUGAUGCAAGUUUUGGAUUGGCCCGGCCCCGGUGAGGGGCAUGGGCCAUGCCUGCACCCAGUCAGCCAGAGGUACAAGAUGUAAGAUCUUGGGCUACUGAAGCUCCAAUUUUCUUUUAGCUGAUUGGAGUGCAGGCAUAUAGGCUGAGUUUGGUUGGAAUGGAUUUGCAUAUUUCCGAAAGAUCAUCCCACCAGCAUUGAUCUAUCCUUCCAAUCUCGGCUUUACAGGGAUGCUUCCUGCAUCUUCCACCAGUCCGUGAAUGUGUCUCUUGUAGACAAUUGAAUUUUUUGAGGAGAUUUUAGAGCGUCUACUGUUGAUCAUGAGGACUUCUUCACAGGAAUCGGAGCCAAAAAAGUUUGUUCUUGACUUGGAUGAAGGUAUGUCUUAGUAUAUAUAAAAAUAUUUUAUCAUAUCUUUUAAAUUCUUAGAGUUUUCUAAGUUUCGUUAUUUCCUUGCCGUGCCAUGAUUUGCUUUUCUAAGUAAUUAGCUAAGAUUAUGUGUAAUGCAAGUAAAGGUUUGAUUUUAUGAACGCAUCAAUACAUUUUAAUACAUCUCAAUUAAACAUCAAUUAGUGUUUCAUUCUUUCAUCUUCCAUACUCUCUUGUAGUUAACAGUGCACAUCAAAUUUUACAUUAGCUUAGUGCUUGUCAAUCAGAGGAUGAUUGCAAAUGGAGCAUUUGUUAAAACGACCUUUAAAGGAAUUUGUUUAAUUUUACAUUUUGUGAUUUUGUUGUUUUGGCUACAGCUCCUUCAACAAGCUUUAGGGGUUUCAGUUAAAGAGAUCAGUACGUCAUUUGCCUUGAGGUGCAGCAACUUUUGAUGCUGAGAUUUAACUGAAUUUUCCAAGCUUUAGUCAUUAGUCGCUAUAAUUUACAAUAUCGUCUGGUGAAUUAUCCUUGACCUCAUGUAUAAUACAUGACUAACUUGUAUAUUUCACUCAGUUCUAACAUUUCUUUUUCUGGAUUUCCUUAUUAUCUUACAUAUAUUAUCAUUUUUUUA